AUGACUGUUCUUUGCAAUGAAGAAGGGACAAUGUAUGCCCUUCUUCUACUGACUCCUGGGGUGGUUAUUAUUAAAAAGGAAAGUAAUUUGGGGACUGAGGGAGAAAAGGAACUAGAGGUUCCCUACCUCCUCUGUGGAAACGCUGUCCAGCGCACAGGCUUCUGUUCCCUGGCCCCUGAGUAUCCAGGGGACUGCAAUGCUGAUGUUACCUGUUCCUGGGAGGGGGAUGUUUCUGCCCUGGAUCCUCCACACCCCUUCCUUAGGGCUCACGCAGGUAGCAGGAAGCGGAAAGCGCCCGCGCACGAGGCCGCCGCCGGGGGCUCGGCGUCGCCGGGGUCGGCCGGGGCGGACAGAGAGGGGCCGCUGCAGCCCAAGAAGCAGAGGCGUCUGGCGCCGCGACGCUCGCUGGUGCACUACCUGAAGGACCGCGAGGUGGGUGCGCCGGGGCGCGCGGGGCUCCCGGGCUUCGAGCGCCAGCUGAGCAGCCACGCGGUGCGGAGCCUGCCCGAGGUGCUGACGGAGCGCCCGCUGGCCCUGGGCACCCUCAACAAGGUGUUCGCGUCGCAGUGGCUGAACGCCAGGCAGGUGGUGUGCGGCACCAAGUGCAACACGCUCUUCGUGGUGGACGUGCACUCGGGCCACAUCACGCGCCUCCCCCUGAUGCGGGACAGGGUGCCGGCGCUGGUCGGGCCCCAGCCGGGCUGCGGCAUCCACGCCAUCGAGCUGAACCCCUCCAAGACGCUUCUGGCCACGGGGGGCGAAAACCCCAAUAGUCUGGCCAUCUACCAGCUGCCCACCCUGGACCCCGUGUGCCUGGGCGACCGCCAGGGCCACAGCGACUGGAUCUUUGCCAUCGCCUGGAUGAGUGACACCGUGGUUGUGAGCGGCUCCCGCGACGGCACCGUGGCUCUGUGGCGUUUGGACCCUGACAUUUUCAGUGACUGCAUUGCCUGGCGCAAUGUGAUGAAGGUGCCCUUGUAUGCCCACAUCCGCCCGAAGGACGUGGAAGCCAUCCCCAGGGCCAGCAUCAAUCCCGGUAACCGCAAAGUCCGCGCCUUGGCUUUCAGCGGCAAGAACCAGGAGCUGGGCUCCGUCUCCCUGGACGGCUACUUCCACCUGUGGAAACCUCGGAGCAACCUGUCCAGGCUGCUGUCCGUCAGGCUGCCCUACUUCCGGGAGAACGUGUGCCUGACCUACUGCGAGGAGUUGUCCCUGUACGCCGUGGGCUCCCAGUCCCACGUCUCCUUCGUAGAUCCGCGCCAGCGCCAGCACAACAUCCGCCCGCUGUGCUCCCGGGAAGGUGGCACUGGCGUGCGCUCGCUGAGCUUCUACCACGACAUCAUCACCGUGGGAACGGGCCACGGCUCCCUGCUCUUCUACGACGUCCGCGCCCAGAAGUUCCUGGAGGAGAGAGGCGACGCCGUCCUGGACUCCUCUCCAGGCACUGCCCGGAGGAAGCUGAAGCUCACCUGUGGCAGAGGCUGGCUCAAACACGAUGGGUUCUGGGUGAACUACUAUGGUGGUGUGGACGAAUUUCCCAAUGCUCUCUACACGCAUUGCUACAACUGGCCAGAGAUGAAGCUCUUUGUAGCUGGGGGGCCUCUCCCUUCUGGCCUCCAUGGGAACUAUGCGGGCCUGUGGAGCUAAGAAUGACCGCUUGUUCUCAGUGCACAAAUUGGCCCUCUAGUUCCGUCUAACUUUUCUUUCUCAUGCUGCAUUUAUGCUUUUAAUUCCAUGCCUUUUUUUAUAGGUGGAAUUGCUCCAAUUUAACUCUCCCUCCUCCAUGCAGAGAAAGAACAAGAUCAUUUGAUCAUUGAAAACUUAAGACUUUCGCUCCUCUGCAACACUAAUGUUUGGAAUUUUCAUACACAUAAUUUUGGCUAAAUGUUAGUUUCAUUCUGUUUUUCAAUGAUGCAUAUAUUCUAUUUCAUUAAGGGGAUGCAGUCAUGGUCUUACAGUUAUGUAUAUUUUCAUUUUCUCAUUACUAGUAUUGCAACGUUAUGGCACUUAGUUAUUUUUUUAUUGCAUAUAUAUAUAGAAUAUUCAGAAUAGUUUCUAACCGAAAGGUUUGUACUACACUCUGCAGAGCUUACUGUGAUUUUACAGCAUUAUUCUAAUUGCCAGAUACACUGCAAGUUCUACAUUUUGGAAACGUUCCAUUUGAGAAUUGUUAUCUUAUUGCAUAAGUCUAUAUUUUUGAUUCUGAAGUUCCUUUUUUAAAAAAGUUAUCUGAGAAUCUUGUGUUUGUAUCAGUAUCUCAGUUGAUUAUAAUACUUUAGAGAUGUAAGGGUUCUAGUUAAUUGAGUUAAUCAGAAAAUCAAAUUGAUCUUUCCUGUCUUUCGAGUCUUAUUUUAAGUUUGUAUGGCUUGUCUUUGCUAAGUGAAUGCCAUAGGACUUUAAGACUUAUGAAUUAUUUUAAUAUUCGUUAUCUGAGGAACUUGCACAGAUGUCAGUGCCACCACUCAAAGCAGGGAUCCUAAGUGUAAAUGUGAAAGGUAUGACAUACUGGUGGAAGGUGUUCUGAUCCAGGAGAUAGACUGGACAUUUUUGGUCUGGCUAUUUUUGAUAUCACAUGUUAUAUUUGAGCACACUUUAAAUUUUCCAGUUCAGUUAAGUUACAAGAAGAAAGUACAGAGAAGAAAAAUGAGCCCAUUAAGCUUAUUCUGAAAAAAAAAAAGAUUCUUGAUUUAUUAGGUUCAAAUUAUUAAGGUUUUGGUUUUUUUGAAUUUGAAACAUUCACCCCCAAGGUAGAAUAAAUAUGUUGUUUAAAAAAAUGUUAUGGCCCUCAAUGUGAUAAUAUAUAAUUAUCAGCAAUACAAGAAAUUUCUUUCAAGUUGAUGGGCUGGAAAUUAAAAAUAAAUAAUAUUAGUUUGAGGAAAAAACACUUUGGGAUUCAGGCAAAUGCAAAUUGUAGGCUACUGUGACAAGUUUGUACUUCUUUAUAUGUUAGAAUAUUGAAAGAGGUAAGGAAAAUUGGCCCUUCCUCAAAACUGGCCAGAUUGCUGAUUUUGGAUUAAUACUAUGUCAUGUCUGUUUUUACUGAAUUUUUUUAAGGAUUUACUCAUUUCUUUGAAAGGCUGAGGGAGAAAGAGAGAGAUCGAGCUUCCCAACCACUGGUUCACUCUCCAAUGGCUGCAAUGGCCAGGGCCAGGCCAGGCAAAAACCAGGAGCCUGGAACUCCAUCUGGGUCUCCCACAUGAGUGGCAGGGGCCCAAGCACUGGGCCAUCUUUUGCAUUCCAAGUUACAUUAGCAGAGAGCUAGAUGGGAAGCAGAGCACCUAGCACAUGAACCAGCAUCUUUAUGGGAUGCCAGUGUUGCAGUCAGUAGCUUAACCUGCUAUGCCACAGCACUGGCCCUUGUUUUUCCCUAAUGUUUUGACACUCAAAUGCUGCCAUGUUGUAUAGCCACUACUCGUUAUCGGGACCAGAAGUAUUAUAAAUGAUAUGACAUGUUUAUUCAGAAAUACUGGGAAAAAAUUUAGUUCUUAAAGAUUGUUUUAAAAUGAGUUUAUAUUGUUGUUAUAUGGGAGUAAGACAUAUUGUGUGCAUUUGUGUUUCUCUAACUCACUUGAAAAUCUCUUUAGAAGAGAGAAUGUAACUUUCAUAUUUAUAGCCCCUCAUUUCUCCAUGAAAGCCUAUCAAAUCAAAGGCAAUCAGUAAAUAUUUACUAAAUGAAUGUACUCGCCUCUGAAGACAUAAGGUUCAAGGUUUUCAAAAAAUAAAUAUUUACUCUUAAUAUAGAAUCCUGCUACAUUUCCAGCCCCCAUCUCAUUUAAAUAAUUUAGGUUUUUAUUGUUUUUUAUUUUUUAUUUCCUUAUUUGAACAACAGAAAGAUCUUCUGUACACUGGUUCCUUCCCAAAAUGCCCACAGCUGCCAGGACUGGGCAAAUCCGAGGCUGAGAGCCAGAGCCACUCCAGGUUUCUCAUGUGGGUGAUCAGGGACUCCACUCCUUGAGCCAUCACCUACUGCCUCCCAGAGUAUGCACUGUCAGGAAGCUGGAUUCGUAAGCAGAGAUGGGAUUCAAACCUAAAAAGCACUCUGAUAUAGGAUGUGGAUGUCCCAAGUGGUAUCUUAAUGACUAUGCCAACUAUCUGUUCCAGUCCUGCCUCUUUUAGGAAAAUUUGCCUUAAUGCAUUUCUAAGUCAGACCAUAGUGCUUAUCCAAGUUCAUAACACAUAUUUGUAUGUUUUACUUGAAUAUGAAGGUGAUAACUAGAAGGAAAAUGUAUAAAUUUUAUGUAGCACUGGAAAUUAAACUUUUCCUUUGCAAACAUUUAGAUUAAAAAAGUCUUUAAAAUAUUGCAAUUUUAAUAGAAACUAAUGUUGAAAAAUCUUGUUUAAUGGUUUGUCUUUUAACUUAAGUAAAUGUUCAGUUAUGUGAUAAAAAUUCCCAUAAAUGCUACCCAAAACCUAUACCUAAGAAUUUGCUGCUUAUCUUUUUGUAGGCAAUAAGAUAUUUUUAUUGUAUUUUUGUAAUUGUUUUGGGACAUUGGGAGAAGAUUUUGAUGGAAAAAUAACAAUUUCUAUGUGGGUUGGGAUUUUAAGUAAGCAAUAGAAGGCAUGCCUUUACUUUUCUUUGUUGAUUUUUCAUUGACUCAACUUUCUUGUAUUUGGAGGUAUAUCUCUUUGAUGCCAAAUCACAUAGCAUGACUUUUCAAAAAAUAAGAAACCUACCUAUAUUUGCAUUUAUAUCUUGUGGAUAUGUAGUUCUUUGAAAUAUUUUCUACAUUUAGAACAAUAGUAUACAGAUGUACAACUGCAGAUGUAGUUGUAUUACCUGUAAGUGUGAAAUAGUUGAAAGUCAACACUUCAGAAAACCCAUAAAUAACGGUCCACUUCAAAACACACAAGAGAAUGUUAGACCCCAAAUUUAUGUACAAACUACCUAUCACUGCUGCCUGAAAAACUUUCAGUUACAUAUAAGUAUGCAUAAAAAUGUUAGCUCUGUUUGUCUCUAACUAGUCACAUAAGCCUCUUGAAUUAUAUCUCUGAUUGAAAAAAUGUAUACCUGUUACUUUGUUGUUUGGAAUGAGUUAGCUUCUGUUUUUUACAGGGAAAAGAAAGGAUUUACUAAUCACUGAUACCCAGUUAAAUAAAGUGAAGUCAAUUCUCUCAGGAAAAAAAAUGGUCUGGUAAAUAUACUUCAGCAAAUAAUAAAAUGAAUUCUCCAGGGGUUGCUU